UCUCCCCGCACUGUGCCCCGCAGCGCUGUGCCCGGCCCCGGUGGAGGGGGGGGGGGGGGGGGGGGUGCAGCUCCGGGGGCUCCAUGCGAAGAGGGCUGAAGGUGCCUCUCUUCCCCGAGCUGACAUGGAGCAGCUGAAGUGACCCGAGGAGCUGUCACAGCCGUGCCAGGAUGGGCUGUGUGCACUGCAAGGAGAAGAUGUCCGGCAAGGGGCAGGGGGGGAGCAGCACGGUGACCCCCGCUCACCCGCCCUCCCAGUACGACCCCGACCCCACGCAGCUCAGCGGUGCCUUCACCCACAUCCCUGACUUCAACAACUUCCACGCUGCAGCCGUGCCCUCCCCUGCACCCUUCUCAGGGCCGAGCUUCUACCCCUGCAACACGCUGCAGGCACACAGCAGCAUCACGGGUGGGGGUGUGACGCUCUUCAUUGCCCUGUAUGACUACGAGGCCAGGACGGAGGAUGAUCUGAGCUUCCAGAAAGGGGAGAAAUUCCACAUCAUCAACAACACCGAGGGUGACUGGUGGGAGGCACGGUCGCUGAGCUCAGGUGCCACGGGUUACAUCCCCAGCAACUACGUGGCCCCCGUGGACUCCAUCCAGGCAGAGGAGUGGUACUUUGGAAAGAUCGGGCGCAAGGAUGCGGAGCGGCAGCUCCUGUGCCAUGGCAACUGCAGGGGCACCUUCCUCAUCCGUGAGAGCGAGACAACAAAAGGCGCCUACUCCCUCUCCAUCCGGGACUGGGAUGAGGCCAAGGGUGACCACGUGAAGCACUAUAAGAUCCGUAAGCUGGACAGUGGGGGUUACUACAUCACCACCCGGGCACAGUUUGACACCAUCCAGCAGCUGGUGCAGCACUACAUAGAGCGGGCGGCCGGGCUGUGCUGCCGCCUGGCCGUGCCGUGCCCCAAAGGGACCCCAAAGCUGGCCGACCUGUCGGUCAAAACCAAAGACGUGUGGGAGAUCCCCCGCGAGUCCCUGCAGCUGCUGCAGAAGCUGGGCAACGGGCAGUUCGGGGAAGUGUGGAUGGGGACGUGGAACGGCACCACCAAGGUGGCAGUGAAGACACUGAAGCCAGGCACCAUGUCCCCCGAGGCCUUCCUGGAGGAAGCUCAGAUCAUGAAGAGGCUGCGGCACGACAAGCUGGUGCAGCUCUACGCCGUGGUGUCAGAGGAACCCAUCUACAUCGUCACCGAGUUCAUGAGCCAAGGCAGCUUGCUGGACUUCCUAAAGGACGGGGACGGUCGCUACUUGAAGCUGCCCCAGCUGGUGGACAUGGCUGCACAGAUCGCCGCGGGCAUGGCUUACAUUGAGCGGAUGAACUACAUCCACCGGGACCUGCGUGCUGCCAACAUCCUGGUGGGCGACAACCUGGUGUGCAAGAUUGCCGACUUCGGCCUCGCCCGCCUCAUCGAGGACAACGAGUACACGGCACGGCAGGGUGAGCCCACAGCUGGGCUGCUGCGGUGGGGGUGGCUGUCCUGCCCCCAGUGUGCUGCGUCCUGGUCACAGCCGGUGCUGGGAGCCUUGGGUGAUGGGACCCAUGGAUGAUGGGUAGUCCAAGUG